ACAUGAAAACAAUGUGGUACUUCGUGCCAAUUCCUCUGUUAGUCCUGAUUCAAAUCUAUCUGGCGCCUUACACAAAAGUAGAAGAAAGCUUCAACAUUCAAGCUAUUCACGACAUUCUUCAAUUCCGAUUGAAUAUUUCUUCCUACGAUCACAACGAGUUUCCUGGAGUGGUUCCGCGGACCUUCAUCGGACCUCUAGUUGUCGCGAUUCUUUCCGCUCCUGUUCAUUUUUUCAUGCGACGAUGCGACCAGCCUUUAAUUUAUUCUCUUUAUUUAGUUCGAGGUGUUUUAUCUGCUGUAAACAUAGCUGCGCUGUAUCUAUACAUAAAACAAGUUAAAACUAAUUUCGGACCUCAAGUUGCGAAAGCUACAUGUUUCAUUACUGUGUGUCAAUUCCAUUUUUUGUAUUACAUAUCAAGACCGCUGCCUAAUACGUUUGCAAUGGGACCCGUUUUAAUGGCAUUAUAUUUUCUUAUGCGAAACGAAAUUAGUCGGUUUAUAUGGACUUCUGCCUUUGCGAUACUUAUCUUUAGAUCAGAACUGGCUGUAUUUUUGGGUCUCUUCCUCUUAGCCGAAAUUUUUGAGGGGUCAAAACCAAUAGCAAAAGUAUUUAUACAGGGUUUUUUGGCGCUUAUUACCUGGAUAUCGUUAAGCACAGGUAUUGAUUCUUUUUUUUGGCAAGAAACAAUUUGGCCCGAAGGAAUGGUGUUUUAUUUCAACGUGGUUCUAAACAAGAGCUCUGCUUGGGGCGUUUCGCCUUUUCAUUACUACUUUACAAAACUCUUGCCAAAAGCCUUAGGCCCGCUAGUCCCAAUUUUGAUGCUGUUAGCGCUCAAAAUUGAUACCAGGUUUCGAAAACUGGCCUUACCUUGUGUCGGAUUUGUUUUCUUGUACUCAUUUUUACCUCAUAAAGAGCUGAGGUUUGUGAUUUAUACAGUACCAGUGUUUAACGUUAUCGCUGCGAGAGGCUGGGCGUUUUUCUCGAUCAAUGCCAGCAAAAGAUUCACAUUCAGAUUUGUACAUUUUAUCAAUGGAUGUAUUCUUAUCGCGUGUUUUGCGGCGUCGACUGUUAUGUUUAUGUGCUCUAUGGAAAAUUAUCCAGGAGGCGUGGCCUUAGAUAAAUUCCACAAAUACGUUUCACCGAGCUCAGAGAUCAAUCUUCAUAUGGAUAACCUUGCAUGUCAAACAGGAGCAAUUAGAUUCGGCCAACUGAACCCAAAUUGGGUUUAUAACAAGACGGAGAAGUUGAAACCAGGGUGGCAAGACACUCUUAGUUUUUCACACCUGCUGGUUGACAUGUCCACUGAUUACCAGGUGUAUAAAAGUACCCAUACAGUUUUGUUCACGGUCAGAGGUUACUCCGGUUUGAAUUUGGGUUUAUCAUGGCCUUUUGUGGAAGUGGUCACUUCUCCGAAGAUAGUGGCCUUGCAACAUAAGAGAUAUGAAGCGAGAAAAGGCAGGUUCAAAUCAGUCGACGAGGAUUAAAGACGAAAGAUGCGAACAGUUUUGGACGAUUAUUAAUCUCAUCGAAAGAGUUUGUAAAUAGAGUCAUAUUUCCAUGUGCAGAAGUUGUCUUACAGCCAAACACGCACGGUAGAAAUAAUGUUGCUCCAAAUUUCGGAUACCUAGGAAGAAUGACCGCAGCUUCACCAGUAGAUGAAUCUCUUAAUAUUCACAUUUAAUGAAAAGAAAUCGGGAGUGAAUCGCGAAUUUAUCAUACUCAGCAGUAGAAUGAUUGCAAGGGAUCUGUAUUUAUUUGAAGACAAACAAAAAUUAUUUGCCAAGGAUGGAAAGAGUGCAACAAGAAAAAAAGGCUGAAAUUAUGGUUUCUUUCUCGGAAGUGGAAUAGCCAUGAAUAGAAAACUCGUUUCGAAGUAAAAAUUCAAUAGCAGAUGACAAGAAUUUCUGGUGAUAUAUUACAAUAGGUGGUAAUUUAAAGUUAAAUA